CACCACUCUUUGGAAGAGUAAAUAUUUGUUGGAAAACUUCUAUAUGGGACAGACAUCUUCAUCUCAUUUUUAAACACAUUUGAUUGAGAAAAGUAAGAGAAGAGCUACCUAACAGAAAAACAAACAAACAAACAAAAAAAAACCCAAACAAAAACCUCAUUACUGGAUGUCAACAUGAAAACAGGAAUUUACCUACUUCUCUUAAGUGAAAUGUGUGUUGAAAUCAGCAAGGCUGGCAUCAAACUUAAAACUCCCAAGCAGGAAAAAGAGAUUAAUUUAUUGCAAAGAAAUAAAAAUGUCAAUAUUUCUGAAGAGUGGCAUCAUCAUAAAAACAUUUCUAAGCCUUUUAAAGAGCAAGGUCUCGAAGAGUUCACUCUCUACAACUUCACUGAACGGACUGCAAAUUUUGGAUUUAACCUCUACAGAAAAAUUGCAAUGACACAUGAUAACAAUGUCAUCAUCUCUCCCCUUUCCGUAUCAGCUCUCAUGACUGCAUAUAUGGUGGCAGCCAAGGGAGAAACACACAGACAAAUAGUAAAGGGUCUAAACCUGCAUUCUUUGAAGGACAGAGUGGACCACUAUAAUCUACCAGCUUUGUUUAAACAACUGAAAGAUAACAUUACAAUGAAUGAUGAACUUCUCCUUGUGCAAGGCACUCUUUCUUUUAUCCGAGAGGACUUCAGACUUAAAGAGUCUUUCCUCAACUUAUCUAAGCAGUACUUUGAUAUGGAAUUCCUGAAAGUGGACUUUCAAAACUUCACACAGGCAAAAUUUAUCAUAAAUCAAAAUAUUAAAAAAAAGACAAAAGGAAAAAUCCCUGAGCUUUUUGAAGAGCUUGACCGCCAUAAUAAACUGCUACUUGUGGACUACGUUGUCUUUAAAGGCAAGUGGGUAUACCCAUUUAAUUCCAAAUUCACAGAAACCGAGACUUUCCACAUAAACAAAUACAGAAGUGUACAGGUACCCAUGAUGUUCAAGUCAGAUACAGUUAAUUCAACUUUUGAUGAGAACUUAAGAUGCACUGUGAUAAAGCUACCCUACAAAGGGAAAGCCCACAUGCUGAUUGUCAUCCCGGAAAAGGAGGGAGAUUACAUUUCACUUGAAGACCAUUUGACUACAGAGCUUGUGGAAACCUGGCUUGGAAACAUGAAGACCAGAAAAAUGGACAUCACAUUUCCAAAGUUCAAACUAGAGCAAAAAUACAAAAUGAAGAAAUUGCUUCAUGCUCUUGGAAUUAAAAAUCUCUUUACAAGUACAGCAGAUCUUAGUCAUCUCACAGAUCAAGGAUAUAUAGCAGUUACACAGGUUGUUCAAAAGGCAGUUAUUGAAGUGGAUGAAGAAGGAACUGAGGCCACAGCAGCUAGUGGGUCAGAGAUAACUGCAUUCACAGUGCCUCCUGUCAUCAAAGUGGACCGACCAUUCCUUUUUAUGAUUUUUGAAGAAACUUUUAAAACACUACUGUUCAUUGGCAGGGUGGUUGAUCCAACAGAAAUGUGAAUAAAGAGAACAGUUUCUAAUUUGGGGUGUGUAAAAAGCUUUGUUUCUACUUUAUUAAUUUACACUACAAUAAAAAGAUAGUGAAAUAUGAAAA